CUUAAAAAAAUUAAAGAUAAUAAUUUUCAGAGUUCUUCAGAAGGGAUUCAGGCUGAAAUUAAUCACGUGUUUGGAGGGCAUUUUGGUCAUACAAAUGGUGGUUGCAAGAAACACAGAGCUACUGCCACUGGCUUUUGGGUUUUGGAGCAUGGACUAGUGUAGUUGUGUAGGGCAGUGUUGUACUGUUGUGUGUUCUUGAGGUUUCUGAGAAAAUAUGAACAAAGGAAAGAAAAGGUAAGAGAGAGAACACGAUAGUGAAAAAGCCCAAAUGCUUUUUGAGUUUUGUUCCUCGAUCAACACAAAGGUUUGGUGGCCAUAAAAGCUUCAAUCUUUAAACUUAAAGCUCAACACCCAUUACUUUGUUCAGAUCUUUUUCAGUUUGUUUAUAUUAUAUAUGGACUUGGCUUAAACCUUUCAUCAAUCAAGUAGUCUGCGCAUUGUGAAUUUUUUGUUGGAAUAUAAUGAGCAACGCCACCACCAAUUUUGGCUCUAGUAGUAGUACUAUGAAGACAUUUGAGUUUGGAAGGACCUAUGUGGUCAGGCCCAGAGGACAACAUCAGGCCACCAUAGUUUGGCUGCAUGGUCUUGGUGACAAGGGCUCAAGCUGGUCCCAACUCCUGGAAACCCUUCCUCUUCCAAAUAUUAAAUGGAUUUGCCCAACUGCUCCAACAAGACCAGUAGCGCUAUUUGGUGGAUUUCCAUGCACUGCUUGGUUUGAUGUGGGAGAUAUUUCAGAAGAUGCUCCUGAUGACUUGGAGGGGCUGGAUGCUUCAGCAGCACAUGUUGCCAAUCUUUUGUCAACAGAACCUGCAGAUAUCAAACUCGGUGUUGGUGGCUUCAGCAUGGGUGCUGCAACUGCCCUUUACUCAGCCACAUGCCGUGUUUUAGGACACUAUGGAAAUGGAAAUCUGUAUCCAGUCAACCUAAAUGCAGUUGUUGGUCUAAGCGGUUGGCUUCCAUGUGCAAGGACUUUGAGAAGCCGGAUGGAAGGAUCACAUGAAGCUGCAAGGCAUGCAGCAUCCUUGCCCAUUCUGCUCUGCCACGGUUUAUGUGAUGAUGUGGUUGCAUAUAAGCAUGGAGAGAAAUCAGCACAGACCUUAAACUCAGCCAGAUUUCGAAAUCUUACAUUUAGAACCUACAAUGGGCUGGGUCACUACACAAUCCCUGAAGAAACAGAUGAAGUCUGUAAUUGGCUAACCACAAAGUUGGGGCUGGAGGGACCAUGAUCAUGAAGGUGAAAUCUUGGUAAGGAAACAUGGAGAUAUCAAAAUAAAGUACUAGGGUUAGACAAGGCAAUCAAAAAAGUAGAAGCUUGGUAUUGGGGAUAUAGAAUAUAGUGGAUUGUUGAACUUACUCUAUUAUUAUCAUUUUUUUUUAUGUCAGUUUCCCUAAAUAAACUAAUUCUGUAAUUUUCCUUUUUUUAAUUUGCUUUAGCUUGUUGUUUA